AUGGCUCGCAGAUUUCUCGGGCUUCGUGGAACGAAGCUCAACAUCGCCAUCGGCGUGAUCGCCGGUCUGGACUUCUUGCUUUUCGGUUAUGACCAGGGUGUCAUGGGAGGUCUCUUGACCUUGGAUUCUUUCAUCAAGACAUUCCCCGAAAUCGAUACCUCGUCUCCUGCAUACCAUGCGCUUUCUCAAUCUGAACAGAACCACCAAUCGACUAUCCAAGGUAUCUCUGUCGCGUCGUACAAUGUCGGCUGUUUCCUCGGUUCGAUCUUGUGUAUCUUCAUCGGUGAUAUCCUCGGCCGUCGCAGGACCAUCUUCCUGGGCUCGUCCAUCAUGGUCGUCGGAGCUACCCUUCAGACGACGGCAUUCGGUCUGCCCCACUUCAUCGUCGGCCGUAUUGUCACUGGUAUCGGCAACGGUUUGAAUACGUCGACGGUCCCGACAUGGCAAUCCGAGUGCUCCAAGUCUCACCGUCGCGGUCCGCUCGUCAUGGUCGAAGGCGCUUUAAUCACGGGUGGUAUCUGUAUCAGUUACUGGCUGGACCUGGCUUUCUCCUUCCUCGACCCGAGCACGGUCUCGUGGCGGUUCCCCAUCGCGUUCCAGAUCGUCUUCGCGCUCAUCAUCUUGGCCUUUGUCAUGCUUCUCCCCGAGUCUCCUCGCUGGCUCAUUCUCAAGGGCCGUGAGGACGAGGCGACGGACGUCCUGCAGGCGCUGCUGGACAUCCCCGCGGAUGACCCUCUGAUGGUGAACGAAUUGACAGCCAUCAAGGAAUCGGUUCUGGAAAGCCAGUCGGCGGGCUACAAGGAUCUCUUCACCAUGGGCGAAGACCGUCACUUCCACCGGGUGGUGCUCGCCUAUGUCAACCAGAUGUUCCAGCAGAUCUCCGGAAUCAACCUUAUCACCUACUAUGCCGCCACCAUCUACCAGAACAACAUCCACCUGUCUGGACUGGUGUCUCGUAUCCUUGCGGCCUGCAACGGCACCGAGUAUUUCCUUGCGUCCUGGCUGCCUGUCUUCAUUUGUGAGAAGGUUGGCCGUCGGCCCCUGAUGCUGAUCGGUGCCGCUGGCAUGUCGCUCUCUAUGGUUGUCUUGGCUGUCACCACUAGCUUUCAGGGACAGACCGGCCCCGGUGUUGUGGCGGCAAUUUUCCUGUUCGUCUUCAACACCUUCUUCGCCUGGGGUUGGCUGGGCAUGACUUGGCUGUAUCCGGCCGAGAUUGUUCCUCUCCGUAUCCGUGCUCCGGCAAACGCUCUGUCCACGUCGGCGAACUGGGCCUUCAACUUCAUGGUCGUCAUGAUCACCCCGGUUGCCUUUAGUUCGAUUGGUUACAAGACGUACAUCAUCUUUGCCGCUAUCAACGCGGCCAUCUUCCCCGUCGUGUACUUCUUCUACCCUGAAACGGCGUACCGCUCCCUGGAGGAGAUGGACACCAUCUUCCGCAAGACCAAGUCGAUCUUCUCUGUGGUCUGGAUUGCCCGCGAAGAGCCUCGUCGGUAUGGCAAGAACGGUGAGCUGCUCAUCGACUAUACCCAGACCGAGGAUCACCUGCGCCGCGCCAGCUACAUCUCUCACGAGAAAGCUACGGUGCACAACAAGGACCACGCGAACCCCGACUACCAUGCGGAGAAUGGCCACGCAUCGGAGUCGAGCUAG